AUGGAAACUCAACCACCACGAAAUACUUGGCCAGGGUCACUUCGGCUUCCAUCUCCAAAUCCAUCUGCCAGAUGUAGUCAGAUAACAAUCUUUGGUGGUGGCACGGCUACCAACCAUCUCGUCGAUGUGUUUACAAAUCUCGCACAAGCCAACAAUAGUGUGCUUAACUAUGUCAUUCCUAUCAGUGACAAUGGCGGGAGUUCUAGCGAGCUGAUUCGAGUGUUUGGCGGUCCUGGCAUCGGUGAUCUACGUAGUAGACUGGUCCGCCUGAUCCCUGACAAUGGUGAUCCUCACUCUGAGGCCGCGUCCAUCAAAGCACUUUUCAAUCAUCGCCUACCACCAGAUCCCAAAGAAGCACGUCUAGAAUGGCUGGAGAUAGUCGAGUCUCUACAUCCGCUGUGGCAGCAGAUAUCCACGCCUAAGAAAGAGCUGAUCAGAAGCUUCUUGAACUUGGUCAAUCAAGAGAUUGUCAAGAGAAUGAGACCAAGCUCUAGAUUCGACUUCUCCUCCGCAAGUAUUGGAAACCUGUUCUUGACCGGCGCCCGCCUCUUCUCCGGCAGUCUAGAAUCAGCAAUUUACCUCCUCAGCAGCGUCUGCAACGUACCAACCAGCAUAACCGUCCUCCCCGCCAUAAACACAAACUUCUCGCACCACAUCUCCGUCUCUCUAGCAGAUGGCACCCACAUCACAGGCCAAAACAACAUCUCCCACCCAUUAGCUCCUUCUUCCGCUCUCCCACAAUCCACCUCACCACCCUCGCCAACCCGCAUCCGUCGCGAAACAGAAGAACAAGACAAUGUCGAAGAUGCAAAUCUGCCUGGCUCAUUACCUUCUCUCCGCCGCCCAGCUAUAAACUUUUCAAAACUCCAAGAAGAGGAUCUGCCGGCUAGGAUACAGAGGCUGUGGUAUAUCAACCCUUAUGGCCAAGAGAUGAGUUGUCCCGCAAAUCCUCGCGUGCUAGAUGCGCUUGCAAAUUCUUCAAUGGUGAUUUAUAGUAUUGGAUCGCUGUUUACUUCGAUCAUCCCCAGUAUCAUUCUUAGGGGUGUGGGAAAUGCGAUUGUUGCGCCAAAUGUUCGCAACAAGGUUUUAUUGCUCAACAGCAGUAUAGACAGGGAAACCGGCCCCAGCAGCACCCCCUUCACGGCUAUAGACUUUAUCGCUGCGAUUGCGAAUGCGUGUGCUGAGAGUAGAGGCUUACCUCCUCCUGAGCUCAAAGAGUAUGGGGUCUACGUUACUCAUCUGGUGUACAUGGAGACUAAGGAGGCGCCCAAAGUGGAUAGAGAGGAAUUGGCUCAAGCAGGUAUUGAGGGCAUUAGGUUGUAUGGGCAGAGUGGGAGGUAUGAUGAUAGAGCGCUAGAACAAGCGUUGAAGAUGGUUUUUGGGAAGGGAGAGCAGGGGAAUGGGUUGAGUAGGAGGAAUACUCUGCAGAGAUAG